AUGGGUUUGGGUCAACGACAAGCAUCAGUUCAUCUAGCUCAGGAAGUUCUGGUGAAAGGAAGCAUUCAAAGACUGAGGCAAGAUCUGGGGGAUAAUGGUUCAAAAAUUACAGUGAAAGCUACUUAUAAAGAAGAUACAACGCGGUUUAAAUUUGAACCUACUGCCGGGUGUUUUCAUCUUUAUGAAGAGGUAGCAAAGAGGUUCAAACUGCAAAUGGGCGAAUUCCAACUCAAUCACAGUGUGAAGUUUCUUGUUCGUGACAUGCCUUGUGUUAUCGGGAGCUCAGGUAGCAGCAAUUGCUUCUUGACAGUGGCUGAUAUCAUAAAAAGAUUCUAUGCAUGUCAUCCUCUGUCUAUAAGUGAAGAUGUUAUGGGACUAGGCUUCGAGUGCGUUAAUGAUUUGCCGCGGUUUGGUUCCUGCAAAAGAAGUUCGUUGUGGACAAUAGGAAUAUGA